AUGCGAGGACCCGUCCUGUGGUUACAGCACACGUCAAGUACCCCUGACACGUCAACGAGGCGCCCUGUGUGCCCACAAUGCUUUAGGGCCCACUUGCAUCCAGUGGUGAGUAUAAAACUAGAACAAAGACAACUUUGACCAUGCAAAAUUUUUCUCUGACUCUGUCGGUAUUAUCAGCUAAAACUAUGUACAAACGAACGGAGUCAACAAUGUUUGGAGUUUUUAACCUCCGUGUUUGCAGUGGAGUGCACACGGAUGCAACAACUCCCAACAAUGUUAGUACCUGCACUGCAUCGUGGGAAGGAUACAACCCAUAAGACUUUGAAGACCAUGUGUAAUCUGCGUGCGUGGCCCCAACAAUUAACGUUGGAAGAGGUUUGCAAACGGAUCCAACAUUGUUGCGCAACGCUUCGGCGAUCACAAAAAAAAGAAAUGUUGGAAGUUGUUGGCUCAAAACUUUGUUUGCCAACAAGUUUGCGUCCGUUUGAACGCGGAGCAAGGGAUGCCGCAGUGGUGAGAGCGCUCGCCUCCCACCAAUGUGGCCCGGGUUUAAAUCCCGGCAUCGAUGCCGUAAUGUGAGUUGAGUUUGCUAUUUUUUAAAUUUUAUUGAAGUUUUUUUUUAUUUAACAUUUCGUGGCCCAGCUUCUUCAGUAGUUGCCAAUUUGUUUUGUUUUCAGUACUCCGACACAGCGCUGUACACUCAACUAUUGUACUUCUCCCGCUUGUUUGACUACGAUCACGCCGUGAAAAAUGCAAAAACAGGUCAGUAUUUUGAGUAAGUGAGUAUGAGUGAAAAACGUUAUUUACCCACGGUACUUGAAUCAAAUAACUUUGCGAUAAAGUAUCUGUUCUUCUCAAAAGCCGUGCUUAAGGUAAUUCCCUUGAAAUUGUUCUACUAUCAAACUUUUUUUGAAACUUGGCAUAAUGCAAUAAAAAGAUGGGGUCACCGUCCUUGUUUACGCGCCAGCAGUCUCUCAAAUUGGGGUAUUUUUAUUGGUUGCCCUUGUGGCCCUUGUUUGUUCUUUUCGCGCUAAUGGAAAGAACCGCCGCCAUCAUGGAUGUCGCAAUGUUAUGCGCAGUAAAGGGUGCGCAGUGCAAAACAAGGGAAUUACCUUAAGAAAUUAAAUUACAUAAAAAUAUGUUUAUAUCUAAAACUAAACCGGCUAAGAAGAGAUCGCACACUCUAUAAACUAAGAAAGAAGAGAAUUGAUAAUGGUUGACUGAGAUAGUAUGUACGACCUGAUCUUCGCCUUGAAUUUUGCAGAAAAGUCUCUUUUUUUGAACAAGAAGGGAGGGAACCCCAAAGCUCAACAGCCGCAAAAGCAAAACUAUUCUUAAAAUAGUUUGUUCUUGUUGUGGGCAGGUAGCAGGACAACUUAACCUUCAAGGGUUGACGUAAACCCGAGCGCCCAUUUCUUGCGUCAGCGUUUACGUUUCUUCCUGCGUUCGCGUUUCACGCGUGUGAACGGGAACAACUCAAACGCAAGCACAAAUGCAAGGUGGAAAGUGCUCAACUGUCAUGUUAGGAUUCAUAAUGAUCAAGAGCACUUUUGCAUCUCUGUGCAAGUGUUUCCUUUGGACGUGGGAACUUGUCUGUUCCGAGGAGUCUCUAGUGUGUUUGGAAAACGGAAAUCGCGACUGCGAGCGAUAGGAUCGCGCAAUGGACCAUGGGAACGUUUAGCGUUGACGCAAAGGACGCUGGAAAGA